CUAAAAUCUUAUUGUUGUUCAGAGAACAAUCUAAGAAAAAAGAGAAAUCAGACUUGCCAUAACCAGCUUCGCGAUAGAUUACUUGGCUGUGGACUCCAUUCAGGAAUUCAAGGCUGCAUUAAAGAGAUUGUUUACCAGUGAAGAGUGGUCAAAUGACCGCGUCUCGAAGUCCAAUAAUGGGCUAAAAGUGGAGGGCAUAGAGCUAGGAAGUUUUGGUUUCGAUGUUCGAGUAUCGUAGAGGCCACUGCCUUUUUUGUCACGGUGUUGAGAAUGGUGGAUGCUGACAAGAAAGCUACCAUAGGCAUCCUUUAUGAAGGUAUCGAGAGGGCCAAAUUAGCUAUUGUAUAGAAGUGAAGUUUUGCUAGUAAGUGAUCAAGAUUAUAGAAAGGUGGAACACCAAAUUUGACUGUCCAAUUCAUUAUGCAGGUUACUACUUCAACCUAAAGUUUUUCUGUUUGACACCUGAACAUCCCCAUAAGAUUAUGGAAGGAGUCAUAUACAUUAUUACCAAGCUGGAGAGAAGCCAUCGAAAUCAGGUAGUGGCAAGAGGGAUGCUGUAGGAUCUUUCAGAACUAGACUUGUCAGGAAUUUUCGAACUAAGAUGGAUUCAGAGGGGAAUUGGAGGUAAGAAGAAGAAACCAAGAUAGAAAAAUGGCGCUCUUGCAACUAUCAGCUCACUUUUCCUCAUCUUCAUGUGCCUUCUUUGGCGAUGAUGACGUUCUUUCCAGUACAUCAAAGACCUUACCUCUUUUGAGAAGAAAUGUAAAAUGUAGAUGCAUUGCGGAGCCUGUUGAGAUGAUGCAGACUGUUUACAAGACAAAGGUAUCUCGAAAUGAAAACAUGGCAAAAUUGCAAGCUGGUUAUUUGUUUCCAGAGAUUGCUAGAAGAAGAGAAGUGCAUAUGUUGAAAUAUCCGGAAGCGAAGGUGAUAAGCCUUGGAAUUGGUGACACAACUGAGCCUAUUCCAGAAGUUAUUACUUCUGCUAUGGCAGAGAGGUCGUAUGCACUGUCAACUGUUGCUGGUUAUAGUGGCUAUGGAGCUGAGCAGGGUGAAAAGAAUUUGAGAGCUGCAAUAGCAGAGACGUAUUAUGGCAACCUUGGUAUUCAGGAAACUGAUAUAUUUGUCUCAGAUGGUGCAAAAUGUGACAUUUCACGCCUUCAGAUCCUUUUUGGGUCUAAUGUGAUGAUGGCUGUGCAAGAUCCAUCAUACCCGGCAUAUGUGGACUCCAGUGUCAUUAUGGGCCAAACUGGCCCAUUUCAAAAGGAUGUUGAGAAGUAUGGGAAGAUUGAAUACAUGAAAUGCACCCCUGAAAAUGGUUUCUUCCCUGAUUUAUCAACCGUAUCAAAAACUGAUAUCAUUUUCUUCUGCUCUCCAAACAAUCCAACUGGUUCUGCUGCUACUAGGGAACAGUUGGUUCGGUUAGUGCAGUUCGCAAGGGAUAAUGGAUCUAUCAUAGUGUAUGAUUCAGCUUAUGCAAUGUAUAUUUCAGAUGACUGCCCUCGCUCAAUCUUUGAAAUUCCUGGAGCAAAAGAGGUUGCGAUUGAGAUAUCAUCAUUUUCAAAAUAUGCGGGGUUUACAGGUGUUCGUCUUGGUUGGACAGUUAUUCCAAAACAGCUCGUGUUUUCAGAUGGCUUCCCUGUUGCCAAAGACUUCAAUAGAAUUGUAUGCACCACCUUCAAUGGUGCAUCCAAUAUUGCGCAGGCUGGGGGACUAGAAUGCCUUUCCCCUCAGGGUUUAAAGGCAAUGCAUGAAGUAGUUGGUUUCUACAAAGAGAACACAGACAUAGUAGUGGAUACUUUCAAAUCGCUCGGUUUUAAGGUUUAUGGAGGGAGGAAUGCACCCUAUGCUUGGGUACAUUUUCCUGGUCGAAGCUCAUGGGAUGUUUUUGAAGAGAUUCUUGAGAAAGCUCACUUGGUUACAACACCAGGUAGUGGGUUUGGACCAGCUGGUGAAGGUUUUAUCAGAGUGAGUGCCUUUGGUCACAGGGAGAAUGUUCUAGAAGCUUCUAAACGGUUAAAAGAGCUUUACAUGUGAAGUGAGAUCUUCUCCUUUUGGUAAGUCAUGAUUCUCUCCAUUGAAUCGAUUGACUAGUAGUGGACUAAUAGGAUGCAAUUCAAGCUCCCUUUCAAUUGCUUCUUGGAACUUCGCCUUGUGCAAUGAGACAUCUAAUUUAUCACAGGAACAGAAAGUUUUGUAUGCCUUAAUCUUGUUCCCAUGUGUAUGAAGACGGUGCUUUAUGUAAAGCAUUGCCAGGAAAGCCAAAAUCUCUCUCUCUCUGCGUGUGUGUGCCCGAGUGCAUGAACUGUGUUAGAGUGUACUCCUGUGUUUUAGCAAAGAGCAAUUUGAAGCUCAAUGGUGGGAAGAACUAUGCCAUAACAUGGGAUGAUCUCUCUCUCUCUCUCAGAGUGAGCAAUUUGAAGAUCGAUGGUGGGAACUAACAUGGGA